UAAGCUUAUUGCUGAGGAUCGUGAAGGUAAUGCUGCACGCAUUGCUGAAUUAGAAGCAGCAAUGAACGAGCAUUCACAUGAGCUUGCUAAACUGAAAGCAUCCGAUAGCCGCAGCUUCCUUGAUCCUAUGCCAGAAGGAGUGCCACUAAGUGAGCUUGAAUUGGACAAGGAUGAGAAGUUCAGCACCAUGGAAGAGGAGCGUCGUAAGCUUAUUGCUGAGGAUCGUGAAGGUAAUGCAACACGCAUUGCUGAAUUAGAAGCAGCAAUGAACGAGCAUUCACAUGAGCUUGCUAAACUGAAAGCAUCCGAUAGCCGCAGCUUCCUUGAUCCUAUGCCAGAAGGAGUGCCGUUGAGUGAGCUUGAAUUGGAUAAGGAUGAGAAGUUCAGCACCAUGGAAGAGGAGCGUCGUAAGCUUAUUGCUGAGGAUCGUGAAGGUAAUGCUGCACGCAUUGCUGAAUUAGAAGUUGCAAUGAACGAGCAUUCACAUGAGCUUGCUAAACUGAAAGCAUCCGAUAGCCGCAGCUUCCUUGAUCCUAUGCCAGAAGGAGUGCCGUUGAGUGAGCUUGAAUUGGAUAAGGAUGAGAAGUUCAGCACCAUGGAAGAGGAGCGCCGUAAGCUUAUUGCUGAGGAUCGUGAAGGUAAUGCAACACGCAUUGCUGAAUUAGAAGUUGCAAUGAACGAGCAUUCACAUGAGCUUGCUAAACUGAAAGCAUCCGAUAGCCGCAGCUUCCUUGAUCCUAUGCCAGAAGGAGUGCCACUAAGUGAGCUAGGAUUGGACAAGGAUGAGAAGUUCAGCACCAUGGAAGAGGAGCGCCGUAAGCUCAUUGCUGAGGAUCGUGAAGGUAAUGCAACACGCAUCGCUGAAUUAGAAGUUGCAAUGAACGAGUAUUCACAUGAGCUUGCUAAACUGAAAGCAUCCGAUAGCCGCAGCUUCCUUGAUCCUAUGCCAGAAGGAGUGCCACUAAGUGAGCUUGAAUUGGACAAGGAUGAGAAGUUCAGCACCAUGGAAGAGGAGCGUCGUAAGCUCAUUGCUGAGGAUCGUGAAGGUAAUGCAACACGCAUUUGUCGCUUGGAAAGGAAAAUGGGGAGGCGUGUUGAUAAGCUGGCUAAACUGAAAGCGUCAUAUAGCCGCAGCUUCCUUGAUCCUAUGCCAGAAGGAGUGCCACUAAAUGAGCUUGAAUUGGAUAAGGAUGAGAAGUUCAGCACCAUGGAAGAGGAGCGUCGUAAGCUCAUUGCUGAGGAUCGUGAAGGUAAUGCAACACGCAUUGCUGAAUUAGAAGUUGCAAUGAACGAGCAUUCACAUGAGCUUGCUAAACUGAAAGCAUCCGAUAGCCGCAGCUUCCUUGAUCCUAUGCCAGAAGGAGUGCCACUAAGUGAGCUUGAAUUGGAUAAGGAUGAGAAGUUCAGCACCAUGGAAGAGGAGCGUCGUAAGCUUAUUGCUGAGGAUCGUGAAGGUAAUGCAACACGCAUUGCUGAAUUAGAAGAGUGUAUGAGUGCUCGAGUUCGGAAUUUGGCUAUUUGUAAGUCUACUUUAGGUGGAGUGAUUGUUGAUGAGAGAAUUGGUCUUGUUCCUUUGUAUUUGUUACCGUUGGGGGAGGAUUCGGUUUUGAGUUCGUUGACUUCUAAAUUGGAAUCUAUGCGAUGUGGUGGGUGUUUACCCGAUAGUGUUGCUGUGCGUGAUAUCCAAGAACAAAUUAUAUGUCGAGUAGAGAAAUUGGCAGAAGUGUAUUUAGAACAUGAACUUGAUUUUCUGGAAACUGUUGACGGAAUUUCUGUUUCUCAGAUCGCACUUUCUGAUGACAAGGUGUUUUGUGAAAUGCAGCGGUCGUUGCGCCAGUUGAGAAAAAGUCCGGUAAGAAAUGCAGAAGCCAUACGGGAUAUUGAGUAUGCGAUGAAUAAUAUCGUUCGUGAACUGUCGUCAAAACUAUUACUGGAGGAUUGUAGUUACCUGAAUCAGUGUCCUCACGGCGUACCUCUUGCUGACUUACCGCUGGAUAAUCGGUUAUUUCGCGAGAUUGAAUUGAAGAGAAGAAGAUUAAAAGAGGAUGACCCGUUAAAAAAUGCGACGAGGAUUAGAGAGUUGGAGAUGAAAUUGAAUGAUCAUGCCGAGCGUUUGGCCGCGCUUAUGUUAAGUGAGGAACGUGCUUUUCUUGAGCCAUGCUCGCACGGUCUUCCCCUUAGUCGCCUUCAGUUGGGAGAGGAUUCUUCCUUUCUUGCAAUGGAAAGGGAAAGAAGGAAGUUAUUGCGUGAAGGGGGUAAAGACAAAAACCGUAUCAGGUAUCUCGAAGAAUGCAUGAGGGAACAUGUCAGCAAUGUCGCCCUCUCUCUAAUUUCCUGGCAGGAUGUUCAAUUUCAUGAAGCUAACCAUUCUGUAGCGGAGAUGUGGCCGCGAAUCGGUGAGUUGUACCCUGAAGGAAUCCGAAACUCUGUGUUUCCGGAAAUAACACAGCCGGGCGAUACUUCAUCUGCGCCUGGUGAACUUGGCUAUUUAGCACCUUUCAUUGCCGCUCUCAGUCAACACCCGCCUCUAAUUCAUCGGCUUCUGGAAACGAAAACACAUCCCGUUAAUGGUCCAUAUUCUUUCAUCUUUUUUGAUCCGAACAGCAACCCUGUUCGUGUUGACAUUGAUGACCGUGUGCCAGUGGAUGCGAAGUGUGAGCCCAAGUUUACACGCGUGCCACACCGGUCUUGGUACCCGCUGCUGCUGGAGAAGGCAUAUGCGAAGUUUGUUGGUGGGUACGCAAAGCUCGACCAGUGCACACCACACGAAACCCUCCAUGACCUAACGGGCCGUCCAGUGACACAUAUCCCUUUUGAUGAGAAGCGAGCAGAUGGAAUCAAAAUUGGGGACUUCCGAUCUGUGAAAUUCUGGAAGGGGAUUAAAAGGGAUCUUGCGGCUGGAGAUGUUAUUAUGGCAAUGACGAACGGUAGUGUUCCCGACGGCCUUCACUCUCAAUGUAGUUACGCUCUCCUUAGUGUAAUCGAAACUGUGCAUGAAUCGAAUGAUGUCUCUGACAUCGUGAUCAAAUUACACAACUGCUACUACGAUAGCCCGACAUACGACGGCCCACUGUGUAACGAUGAUGAUAACUGGACCGAUGGUUUGAAGAGACUUUGCCAUUAUAAUCCUGAGGAGGAUGCACUUUACAUACCUGUUCCUGUGUUUCUGCGUAACUUCUCGAGCAUGCAGCGCUGUCACAUAAACUGUGGCGACCGUCUGACUGCGCCUGGUGAGUGGACUGGGGUAAGCUGUGGAGGAAACCCGAAGUUCACAACUUUCCGGAACAACCCCAUCUAUCUUGUGGAAAACAAAACCUCCCGUCCCGUUACCAUUCUUGCUGAGCUGCGGCAUCAAGCCCCUGUGUUUUUUGAUGCCGAUGGGGUAAAUCACUAUCAUCAGUCUGGGCUGGCGCUCUUACAGCAGCAUCAUGUUUCUGAAAUUAUUACGUGGCUCCUUACUAGUACGACGCACCGCUUUUUGCAAAAAGGUAUUUUAAUGGAUACACGCGAGAUUUGCUCAAGGAUGGAAAUACCUCCGAAUACCACGUGCUAUCUCGUCCCAUAUACGUUGAAGCGAGGUAGCUACGGCAAGUUCAAUGUGUCGCUGUAUCCUGCAUCUUCUGACAUUACUUUGGUCCCUUUGGCUGCUUUGUGUAAUUCGCACGUGGUAAUUAACGUUGAUGUUUUGCUGAAACCGGGGAGCCGGGAGGGGAGAAGAGUCGACUUUUCGGUGCACGAAGCUUGUGAUGUACACUUGCUGCUGCAUCAGAAUAAAAUUACUGACCCUGCUAGUGUCAAAAGGGGUAACCUCCUUGCGGAGGACGAGGUUUCUAUGUCUGUUAAUGACGAGCGGAUGUCAGUCCUGGCGACCACUCGUGACACCUCCAAUGCGCGUGAGCAGUCCUUGGCUUUGGAGCUUCCAACCGCUGGUCGGUAUUCCGUUUUUAUUGAGUGCCGAAGCCGACUCAGAACUGGUGAAUGUCCUUGUACUUUGUCUAUAUAUUCGCCGAGCCGCGCCAAAACCAGGUUGGCUCCCCUUCCGCCUAGUGGGACGCAAUCGGUACUUCCAGCAAUUGCACCUCGUCAGCCUCCCCGGCAGCCCGCACUUUAUGGGAGAAGGUUGGAUCAGCCUCCUCUCAGUGCAGGCACGGUGAGGGCCGCCGCUGCUACGCUUCCUGUAGGCUUAGUUCCAGCACCUCCAAAGUCCGGCACGACACCGCAGCGUAGAUGA